AUCGCAGGUCCUGCAGCCCCAGGAGGUGAGAUCUGCAGGUUUCUUAGGUUCAGGACUCUCUUCUUUUAAAGACCAUGGUCCUUUCCAUCAAUGACCCACCAAGGAUGGAGAAGGACAGAGACCACAUGGCUGCGAGCAUAUUAGACCUCACCCUGGAGAUCAUCUCCUUGAUAACUGGAGAGGAUUACACAGUAGUGAAGAAGUCGUCUGGUGAGUGUGUGACACCCCGUGUGUCAGGAGGAUGGAGCAGGACCCAGAGCCCCAUCACCGAGCCUCCACCUCAUUCCCUGAUACAUGAGCAGAAGAUCCUAGAACUUACCACCAGGAUCACUGAGCUGCUGAGCGGAGAGGUUCCUAUAAGGUGUCAGGAUGUCGCUGUCUAUUUCUCCAUGGAGGAGUGGGAGUAUUUAGAAGAACACAGGGAUCUGUACAAGGACGUCAUGAUGGAGAAUCACCAGUCCCUCACAUCACCGGAUGGAUCCAGUCAGAGAAAUCCACCAGAGAGAUGUGGGCAUGCUCUGUGA